AUGGCUGAACAACAUCGUCUAAAUGGAAAUACUGCAUUUAAAUCUAAUAAUUAUCAACAAUCAAUAGAUUUAUAUACAAAAAGCAUUAUACUUGAUAAUGCAAAUCCAAUGGCUUAUAUGAAUCGAGCGAUAGCAUAUUAUAAACUGAAUAAUUAUGAUGCAUCAAUUACGGAUUGUUCUCACGUAUUAUCAACCAAUCAACAUCAUAUCAAAGCAUUAUUUCGUCGAGCAUCAUGUUUAAUUGCUAAACAACAAUAUGAUGAAGCCAAGAGUGAUCUUGAUAUUCUUCUCACUGUAGAUCAAGACAAUAAGGAAGCAAAAGAUCUAUUGAAAACAAUUCCAACUGUUCAAAAGACAAAAGGUGUUCGUGUACCUAUUACUGAAGAUGAUGGUGAUGAUAAUGAAGAAGUUAAUACUCAACCAUCAAUUUCUGUACCAGUCAAAAUUCCAAUCUUGGAAGUCGAGGAAGAAGAAGAAGAAGAAGAAGAAGAAGAAGAAGUACAAGAACAACAUCAAACUACUUAUGAAUCGAUUCAAUCCAUGAAUAUUGAUAUUCCUCAAAGAUCAAAUUUUCAUUCACGUCCAUGCAUAGAUCCUGAAGAUGCUUCUCCGGCUUUGUCUGAUAAUCAUUUUCAACAUUGUGAUGAUACAAAUCAAUUCAAACAAAAUAUUCAUUCUCAAAAAUCAUCACUAGAUGAGAGAGCUGUUGAUGAUGAUGAUGAUGAUGAUGAUGAUGAUAUGGUACUUGGUGACGAAGCUAGUGCUGGUUUUACAGGAAAUAUGAGUGAUGAUGAUCAUACACCACACAGUUUAAAUGUUUCACCAACAAUGGAUGAUGAUGAUGAUGCACCACAAUUAAUCGAUCGUAAACCAUUACGUACACCACCAUUAACACCACCAACAAAACAAACAAUAAUUAGUAGUACAAUUACUGAAAAUAUUGUAUAUACAGUCAAUAAUACUGCUAAUCGAAAACAAGUCUCAACUAUAUCAAAUGAUGAUUUUAAUGAUUUAUAUGAUAAUAAUAAUAUGACAACAGUAUCAAGCAAAUAUCCACCACAUAAACAAUCUCCAAUGUCUUCAAGUUCAUUUGAAACUAAUGUUCAUUUUCAUGAUACAUUAUCUCAACAACGAUCAACAAUAACUAAUUCUUAUAAUGAUCAAAUUUCAAAUUCAAAUUUUUGUUCAACUAUACAAAAUUGGUUACGUGAUUCAAUGAUAUCACAAUCAAAUAAUCGUUCAUCGACAUUUCAUGAUAAACCAUGGUCAAAAUCUCCUCGACCACCGAAACUUAAUAGUCUUCAACGUGAUAUUCAAAAAUAUAAUGGAUCAAAUGAUCUUAGAAAUACCGUUGAAGCAUCGAAAAAAAUGCUUAAAAAUGGAGUACUCGAUUAUCAUGAUCAUGCAGAGCAUAUUGUUAGUACAUUAGUUAUAUGUGCUAAUUGCUAUUCAAAAGCUAAUAAUUAUGUACAUGCUAUACAAUAUGCGAGUGAAGCUUUACAAUAUAAUAAAAUAGAUACAGAUGCAUUGAUUUGUCGAGCUAGAGCAUUUGAAAAUGAAAAAUUUCUUCUUUUUAGUUACGCAGAUUAUUCACGUAUACCAUCUACUGAUUAUAGUCAUACGUUAGCACGACGUGCAUGUGAAAAAUUGUCUAUUGAAUUGAAUAAAAUAGAAGGUGAAACAUGGCAUGAAAAAUUACCAAAAGAUAAUAAUGAUGAUGAACGUUAUUUAACAUAUAUAAAAACUAAAAAUGAGUUUUCUACUAAAAAUCAAUAUGAUUGGUAUCGAGAACGUGGUAAUCAACUUUAUCUUGAUGCUUGUUUUAUUCUUGCCAUUCGAUGUUAUACAUAUUGUAUUGAACUUAAACCAGAUGUUGCAUCUUUAUAUUCAAAUCGAGCUGCAUGUUAUUUAAAAGUAUUCGAGCCACAAAAAACAAUUGAUGAUUGUGAUAAAGCACUUGCAAUAGAUCCAACUAAUGCACGUGCAUUAUAUCGUAAAGCAUGUGCAUAUAAAAUGUCUCGUAAUAAUCAAUCAUAUGAAUUAACAUUGCAAAAUUUAAUUAAAUUACAGCCAAAUAAUCAAACUGUUCUUGCUGAAUAUUAUACAUCUCGGCAUGAACAAAUACCAAGAAAAAUGAGACGACUUCGAACUAAUCCAAUAAAUACGACAACGUCGAAACCGUCAUCAUCAUCAUCAUCAUCGUCUGAUAUGGGAAAUUCGAAAUCAACAAUAGUUAUGGAAGAAAAUAAUCUUUCAUAUGAAGAACUUGAACAAAUUCGCACACAAAAAUUAAAUUCACUUUCAACAAAUGCACCAUAUCUAUUUGAACAACAAUUAAAUUCAUUAAAAUCUAAUGAUAUUAAAGGUCAAUGUUCUCUCAUUCUUCGUUUACCAACAAAAGGUUUAUUUAAAGUAACUAGUACAGCAACACCAAAAUUAGUCGAAACAAUAAUUAAUGCUUGUCGAAUAAUGGUUGAUGCUGAAAAACGUUAUCAGCAACAACAUAAAUCUACUAUAUUACAAUUUUCGUAUAUAAAAUAUUGUUUUAAUAUUCUUGUUGAAUUAACAACACUUCCACGAAUUGACUCAGCAUUAUCAAUGACCAGUCAACAUUAUCAAGCAUCACUUAAUGAUUUACUUUCAUAUUAUUCAUCUAUAUCAUCAAUAUUAAAUGAUGUUAACAAAUUGGAUCGACUACGAAAAUAA